UGAACAACAGUUUUGCAUUUAUCACCGAGAAAGCUUUUUUUUUUUUUUUUUUGCUCCUCCUUCUCGAAUUCGUCUUUCUGGGAUCUUGGUUUUGUUUUUUUAUUAGCUCUUACCAUAAAUUUGUACGCCAAGUUCGUUCAAGGUUUCCAAAUAUAAUACAUUCGAGCAACGACAUUGAAGAAAAAUUGUUCAGCAGCUAAAGUGGGUUUGAAAAGCCUCUUUUAGAUAAUAUAAAAAGGAGUGUUUGGAAAAAAGGAUUAUUUAUUGUAAUAAAUAAGUGGGUUCAUGUUUUGGAAACUUAUAUAUGGCUGCAGGGACUGAAUUUCCACCUCCACUUUCUUUAGUUGAUGGCAACUACAGAAAGGUCAAUAUAACUAUAACCAAAGAUGAAAAACCAGAAACUCUAGAAACCAUAAAAGAACCAACCCUUGGGAAACCUCCUAGGCACAUCUCAUCAAUUAGGCAUUCUGUGAGCUCUGCCCAGUUGAAUCAUGCCACUGAGGGGGAUUAUGAUAUUGGGAUUGUUAGUUCCAAGCCACCGUCCGAUGGUAACGGGACAUUCGUGCCUAUUUUUCGGUCGGGAAGCUGUUCCGAGAUCGGAUCAAAAGUGUCCAUGGAGGACGAGCACAUAUGCAUAGACGAUCUUCUUGAACAUCUAGGUGCAACGGCCAACUUAACUUCUCCUGGAGCUUUCUAUGGGGUCUUUGAUGGCCAUGGCGGUACAGAUGCAGCUUUAUUCAUUAAGGAGAACAUUUUAAGGUUUAUAGUCAACGAUGUCGAUUACCCAUUUUGUGUGGAGAAGGCUAUUAAGAGCGCUUUCUUCAAUGCCGACCACGCAUUUGCUGAUGAGGGUUCUCUUGAUAGUUCCUCUGGUACCACUGCACUAACUGCCCUUAUUUUUGGAAGGACAAUGUUGAUUGCCAAUGCUGGGGACUGUCGAGCUGUGCUCAGCAAACGGGGAAGGGCAAUCGAGCUGUCAAAGGACCAUAAACCCAAUUGCAUCUCCGAGAGAUUAAGAAUCGAAAAACUUGGUGGCGUUGUCUACGAUGGCUACCUUAACGGUCAACUAUCUGUGGCAAGGGCCCUCGGGGAUUGGCACAUGAAAGGCCCCAAAGGCUCUUCAUGUCCCUUGAGUGCAGAGCCAGAGCUUCAGGAGGCAAUCCUGAGUGAAGAAGACGAGUUCCUGAUUCUUGCCUGUGAUGGCUUGUGGGAUGUGAUGAGCAGCCAGUGUGCAGUCACAAUGAUAAGGAAAGAGCUGAUGCUUCACAAUGAUCCUGAGAGAUGCUCCAGAGAGUUGGUUAGGGAGGCCCUUAAGCGCAACUCCCGCGACAACCUCACAGUUGUCAUCGUUUGUUUCUCACUGGACCCACCGCCUCGCAUUGAAAUCUCAGCAGGAGCAUAUCUGCAGAAGGUUUGAGUCUUCUUCAGGAUGCCUUAGAUAGUAGUUAGUGUAUAAUUUAUUGGAAUCGAUUAUGCUCAAUAGCCUUCGUGGAUGAUAUUGAACCACCAGUUACACUUUUUAAGGGGUCCUUUUUGUUUCUUUUUUUUUUUUUUCUUGGGGAAGAUUUAUUUUCGUUAGCAUCUAGUAUUUCAUGACUGUCUUGUACAUAAUAGAUUGGCAUUAUAUGUUUAUAUUAUUUUCAGAAUCCAUCCUAUCAAUUUGAA